AUGGCCUCGGGCGCGCAGCUCCCCCCGGGGCCAUCGGCCUCGGCCACAGCCAUCAGCAGUCCCGGGGACCGUGACCAGAGGCGUCUGGACCAAGAGGCCCUUUGCUUUCUUCUCCCGCUGCCUUUAAGGAAGGCCUCUCCUUCCGCGCAGCCCCGGAGCAGGUUGCGGGGCGCCCGCCAGCCGCGAGCCGCAUCCUUCCCAGCGCCGUCGGCGAGAGGACCCCUGGUGCCCCGGCGCGGGGCGGCGCGGGCUCCGCGGGCCUCAGCCCGGGUCCCCACCGUGGCCGGGGCUCAAACUCCGCAGCCCUCGUCGCCCCGGCCCGUGCCAUGCGACUGGAGAGGCCUCCUGGACGAGGGCCGGCUGCACGGCCACCUGCAGCUGGCCCUGGGUCGCGAGGCGCGACUGUGGCGGGGUGUCCCGUCCCAGGCUGAGCUCCGCAGAUCCUUCCAGAACAUCGUAUUGGGGCUCCUGAAGCUUGACAACAUCUUUCACUUCGCCCAGAGCACCAUUAACCUGGCUCUCACCAUCUUCAGCCGCCUUCUGGCUUCGGUAAAGGUAAAAGACCGCUUACUCCAAUGCGUCACAAUUACUUCCUUAAGACUUGCUGUGAAAGUUAAUGAAGAGGAUGAGUCAAUUCCACGUGUAAAAGACUUCAUAAAGCACUAUGGCUCUGACUAUAGCCCAAAUGAGCUGCUGAGGAUGGAGCUGGCUAUUCUGGACAGACUGCACUGGGACCUCCACAUGGGAACGUCGCUGGACUUCUUGACUAUUGAAAAGUAUGGGGGUUUCUGUUCUAACAUUAAAAACCAUGGUCUCCAGUUCCAUGCCCUGGUAGUCCUGAACUCGCCCCGUGUGGUAGAGCUGCUGCCUCAGAGAAAUCCUUCCCUCCACGUCGCGUCCCUGACCAGGCAACUGCAGCACUGUAUGGCGGGCCACCAGCUACUGCAGUUCAAGGGCUCCACACUGGCUUUGGUCAUCAUCACCUUAGAGUUGGAGAGGCUCAUGGCCGACUGCUGUACUCCUAUAUCUGAUCUGCUAAAGAAAGCACAGAUGAGUCCCGAGCAGUUAGGCUACUGCAAGGAACUUGUGAAACAGCACCUGAGAAGUUUGUAG